UUUGUACCUAUCGUUUUCCAUACAAGCUAGUUAGGGCAUACUUCUGAACUUGUGCAAUAACCACCAACAUGAAAGGCUGUGUUUUCCUGCUGUACCUCUGCAUGACUGCUUUGCCAGUUUGGUCAACUAAGAUUUAUUUUACCGAUGGCGAAAAUGCUUUGCAGUAUGAAGUGGACGACAGCAAAAGAACCGUACAGUCCUGCAACACGGUCCCGGCAAGUGAUGUUGAUGAAGAACGGGAGAUCAGAGACCCCAAUGUUGUCAUACAUGAUCUGACUUCAGACCAUCUCACCUUGAUUGCAAGAGAGUGUUCAAGACAUACCAUAGAUGCUGCUCAAGAGUUUACUCGAGUAAAAAGAAAAGAAAGCCUUUUAAUAUAUAAAGGCACCAAGUGGUGUGGUAUAAGCAACAUCGCCGCCCACGACAACGACCUGGGGGAGAAGAAGUUCACCGACGCCUGCUGCCGUACUCAUGACAAGUGCAAACCAUACCUAAAAGCCUGGGCCUGCAAAGGAAGCUUCUGCAAUGAUUGGUUUUGGAGUCGAUUUGAAUGCAGUUGUGAUGACGCAUUCUUCAAAUGUUUGAAGGCUGCUGCCAAAACACACGAGAAUACCACAGCCAAUGAUGUGGGUAGCUUGUACUUCGACAUAAUGCCAAACAAGUGCUACCAAAAUGGAACAAUUAAGAAGUGUGUCAAAACAGGAUGGCUGGAUUUGGGCUGUGAGAAAUAUAAAGCAACGUAUGGAUUACACUGGAUUACGCGAAAAACCAAAUUUUGUCCUGAAAAAGGACCCUGUUAAUAAAAUAGUUUCACUACAAAGCUGUACAAAGUUAACAAUACUUUAGUUAUGUAAGCCUGAUUUUGUUUUCCGAUUACUUUUAAACAUUCACUUUAGUUUAAAAAUCACAGAGCUUAUGACAACUUUGCUCCUAAACAUAAGCCUUAUAUGAUGCAACCUAUUAAUCUAAUUUGACAUCUAGUCUUAAUGAGUGUCCUAAGUUGACUACAUUGUAACAUGUUUCUGAAUAAAGGAGCCUUUCUAUUGACU